AUGGCCCGAGUCUAUGCCGAUGUGAAUCAGCACAUGCCCAAGUCUUAUUGGGAGUAUGAUAGUGUCAUUAUCACAUGGGGAGUCCUAGAAAACUAUGAAGUCGUUCGGAAAAUAGGGCGGGGCAAGUAUUCAGAGGUCUUUGAGGGCAUAAAUGUUGUGAAUUAUCAGAAAUGCGUGAUCAAAGUCUUGAAACCAGUCAAGAAGAAGAAAAUAAAACGGGAGAUCAAAAUUCUGCAAAACCUUUCAGGCGGGCCCAAUGUUGUUGCAUUACUGGACGUUGUCAGAGACAGCCAGAGCAAGACACCAUCGUUGAUCUUCGAGUACGUCAACAACACCGACUUCCGCAGUCUGUACCCCAAGUUUGGGGAUUAUGACGUGCGUUACUACAUCUUUGAGCUUCUUAAGGCCUUAGACUUUUGUCACAGCAAGGGGAUAAUGCACCGAGAUGUCAAGCCACACAAUGUCAUGAUAGAUCAUGACAAGAGAAAGCUGCGGUUGAUAGACUGGGGUCUUGCCGAGUUCUACCAUGAGGGCACAGAGUAUAAUGUUCGCGUUGCAUCUAGAUACUUCAAGGGCCCCGAACUUCUCGUCGACUUCCAGGAGUAUGACUAUUCUCUUGAUAUGUGGUCUCUGGGCGCUAUGUUCGCGUCAAUGAUCUUUCGGAAAGAACCCUUCUUUCACGGGAAUAGCAACUCAGAUCAAUUAGUGAAGAUCGCCAAGGUCUUAGGCACAGAGGCCUUGUUUGAGUAUUUGGACAAAUACGAAAUCGACCUUGAUACUCAGUACGACGAUAUUCUAGGCAGGUUUCAAAAGAAGAGUUGGCACACCUUUGUGAACCAAGAAAACCAAAGGUUUGUCAGCAACGAUGCCAUCGACUUCCUAGAUAAGUUGUUGCGUUAUGAUCAUCAGGAACGACUUACAGCAAAGGAGGCAAUGGCUCAUCCUUAUUUCACACCGAUCAGGACUGCAGCGACAGCUUCCAACCAUGUUGCAAAUUGA